AUGAUUGCUAAGCAAUUUCUCUUCGCCUUGGCAGUUUCUGCCAGCUUUCUCGGAAGCGCCACGGCCAAAGGCACCGGCGGUAAUACUGGAAGUAAUACAGGAAGUACCGGAAACAGUGGAAGCAACACCGGAGGAAACAAUGCCGGAAGCAGUUCAAGCUUGACACUAGAUUCCAAUCUAGUUCAAACUGGAAGUCAGCAAACUGGUGGUAAUACCGCCGGAGAAACGGCUUCUGCAACUGACAAUGCCAACUUUAUCAACUUUUGUCAGGGAAAGACCCUGACAAACGGACUUCAGGUGACCGCCGGCUCUUGCAAUGGCAUUGUCAUGGGAGAUAUCCCGGCAAAAACCAGCAUGGUCUCAACCGUCAUCCUGAGUCCCCAGAAUUUGCAAGACCUUACUGCGAACCAGAGCUUCAAUGUCUCAUUGCAGGUCUCUAACCUCCAAGCCGGUGCUUUCACCAAUGCUACCAGCACAUACUACGCAGCGCCACAGGCUCUUAACUCCGCAGGUCAAAUUAUUGGCCACGUCCACGUCACCAUCCAGGACGUUGGCAGUCUCAACCCUUCCACACCUCCUGAUCCAACAACCUUCGCCUUCUUCAAGGGUAUUGAUGAUGCUGGCAAUGGAAAGGGUCUUUUGCAGGCAGCUGUCACUGGUGGUUUGGCUGCUGGUACUUACCGUGUCUGUACCAUGUCUUCAUCUAGUAACCAUCAGCCUGUUCUUAUGCCAGUUGCCCAACGAGGUGCACAAGACGAUUGCAAGUACUUUACCGUUGGCCAGGGCAACAACAACAACAACGCAAACACUGGCAGCAACACUGGCAGCAAUGCCAGUACCGGUAGCAAGGGCAACACUGGCAGCAACGCUAAUACCGGUAGCAACACUGGCAGCAAUACCAAUACCGGUAGCAAUGCCAGUACCGGUAGCAAGGGCAACACCGGUAGCAACGCCAACACUGGCAGCAGUUCAAGCAGCACUAGUACAAGCGCAACCGCAAGCACAAGCAGCUCUGGAAGCAAUUCCAACACCGGCAGCAAGGGCAACACCGGCGGCAACUCUGGUAGCAAGGGCAACACUGGUAGCAACGCUAGCACCGGCAGCAACACUGGCAGCAAUACCAGUACUGGUAGCAAGGGCAACACCGGUAGUAAUGCCAACACUGGCACUGGCGCAGGUGGUAAGGGCAAGGUUGUUGCCUCCGCUGCUACCAGCGCUAGUAUUGACUGCAGUUCCGUUGCUACUUCGGCUGCCGCAUCAGCUACAACAUCAACAGCCGCUAGCGCUACUGAAGUCGUAGCUGCUGCCAGUUCCAGCGCCGUUGCUGCUACCAGCAGCGGCAAGAGUGGCAAGAGCGGUAAAAGUGGACAGAGCAGCAAACACAGCAGCAAUGGAAAGAGAUCCAACGGUCGAUUUGUGUCGAGAAAGUUCAUUGCCUAG